CACCGUUAGAGUAACGCGUUACUUCCGUUACGUUACUACGCAACACUGAUUAUUAGUUUGUCAUAUUGUGUCAAUAAUUAAUUUUUUUUUUUAAAAAGAGGGAUGUUAUGUUGGUACCACUGUCCUUCUACGUGUGUGUGCGUGUGUUUGUUUUGUGUGUGUGUGGGUGUGUGCGUCGAGAGAAAAGACGGCAUAUUAUAUUAUAUUGUUUUUAUAACGACCACACAUCUGCUGUUCUCAUGUCAGACAUCAGACGUCAUCCUAUACCAGAAAGGUUAUUCAAAAAAGUUAAACAAUUAUAUUUUUAAAGGUCAUACAAAAUUGACACAGAAUCGAAAUUUUUAAAGAAGACGAUGAAUUGUUUAAAAGCAGUUAUUUUAUUAUGGACCGGCAUCAUAGUUUUCCAUGCAUCGGUGACCGCUAUUGUGGUUGAUGAUAUGGAAAUAAGUGCAGUAAAAAUAAACACUUGUAGAGGAGUGUUUGAAAGUUUUGAAGUAGAAUUUGCUUUAAUACGUAAUGAGAGGACCCAGCAACACUUGUAUUGGGCAGGCAUCGAUCCAAAAAGUACUCAUGGAGCACGAGAACGUUUAAUAAUAACUUUUAAACAAUCGCCGUGUAAUGAAGAAAUACAGAGUAAAUUUCAAAAAAUUGAAUCGCCUGUAAAGGUCUAAAAAGAAGAAUACUGGAGUUAACAGCAAGCAAUUACAAUUCAAUCCAUCACAAAAUGAAAUGUCAAAGAAAUUAAUAAAUGGAUAGGUAUUCAUACUUAUAACUUUUUUAUAUAAUUAUUUACA